GGCGCGGGCCCCCCCGCGGGCCGGGCCGCUCCCCCCGGGGGCGGUGCGGGGCUGACAUCACAUCACAUCGCGGCCCCGGAGCGCCGAGCCCCGGCCGAGCUGCGGGCAGCGCUGGGCGCGGGCAGCGGGCACACCCCACCCUCCUCCUCUUCCUCCUCCUCCUCCUCCUCCGUCUCCUUCUCCUCCUUCCCCGUCUGCUGCGCUUCUCCUCGCUGGCCGCCAGCCGCAUGAGUGUCCCCAAGGCUCCUGGAGCAGCCCUGAUUCCCUGAGCUCCGUGUCCAUCCCGGAGGCGCCCGACCAGUCCAGGACCGAGCAGGGCAGAGCUCCAUGAGGGACCUGCACAAGUCUGAGGUGCUGGGGAGCAAGCGCGGCCUGAUGUCAUGGCGGCCGCAGUACCGCAGCUCCAAGUUCCGGAAUGUUUACGGGAAGGCGGCGAGCCGGGAGCACUGCUUCGACGGGAUUCCCAUCACCAAGAACGUCCACGACAACCAUUUCUGCGCCGUCAACGCGCGCUACCUGGCCAUCGUCACCGAGAGCGCCGGCGGCGGCUCCUUCCUCGUCAUCCCGCUGGAGCAGACCGGCCGGAUCGAGCCGAACUAUCCCAAAAUUUGUGGUCACCAGGGAAACGUGCUGGACAUCAAGUGGAACCCCUUCAUUGAGAACAUCAUCGCCUCCUGCUCCGAGGACACCUCGGUGCGGAUCUGGGAGAUUCCGGAGGGCGGGCUGAAGCGGAACAUGACGGAGGCGGUGCUGGAGCUGUACGGACACAGCCGGCGCGUCGGGCUCGUGGAGUGGCACCCGACCACCAACAACAUCCUCCUCAGCGCCGGCUACGACUACAAGGUGAUGAUCUGGAACCUGGACAUCGGCGAGCCGGUGAAGAUGAUCGACUGCCACACGGACGUGAUCCUCUGCAUGUCCUUCAACACGGACGGCAGCCUCCUGGCCACCACCUGCAAGGACAAGAGGCUGCGCGUGGUGGAGCCGCGCUCCGGGAGGGUCCUGCAGGAGGCCAGCUGCAAGAACCACCGCGUCAACCGUGUGGUUUUCCUGGGAAGCACCAAACGGCUCCUGACCACAGGAGUGUCCCGCUGGAACACCCGGCAGAUCGCUCUCUGGGACCAGGAAGAUUUAUCCAUGCCCCUGAUCGAGGAGGAGAUCGAUGGGCUCUCGGGGCUCCUCUUCCCGUUCUACGACGCCGACACCCACAUGCUGUACCUGGCUGGGAAGGGUGACGGCAACAUCCGGUAUUACGAGAUCGGCUCGGAAAAGCCCUACCUGAGUUAUCUCAUGGAAUUCCGCUCCCCGGCUCCGCAGAAAGGGCUGGGGGUGAUGCCGAAGCACGGCCUGGACGUCUCCGCCUGCGAAGUUUUCCGGUUCUACAAACUCAUCACCCUCAAGGGGCUCAUCGAGCCCAUCUCCAUGAUCGUCCCGAGGCGGUCGGAGACGUACCAGGAGGACAUUUAUCCCAUGACUCCGGGCACGGAGCCGGCUCUGACCCCGGACGAGUGGCUCAGCGGGGUCAACAGAGAUCCCAUCCUGAUGUCGCUGAAGGAGGGAUACAAGAGGAAUGCCAAGAUUGUCUUCAAGGCGCCGGUGAGGGAGAAGAAGAGUGUGGUGGUCAACGGGAUCGACCUCCUGGAGAACGUCCCACCCCGCACGGAGAACGAGCUGCUCCGGGUGUUCUUCCGGCAGCAGGACGAGAUCCGGCGGCUGAAGGACGAGCUCUCGCAGAAGGACAUUCAGGUCCGGCAGCUGCAGCUGGAAUUAAAGAACCUCCGGAACAGCCCCAAGAACAAUUGACUCCAGGGACGUUUUCUAAAGAAAUUCCUUUGUUUCUACUCCCGAAUUCCUUGGACCCACUCACCCAGAACGCAAUUCCGGGAUCCGCGGCUGCCGAGAGCCUGGAAUCACAUCCUGCGCGUCUUG